ACACUACAGCUGGUGGAUCUGAUGAUUCUCAGGUCAUCACGGAGUCUUCUGCCAAUCGAAAGCCGACUCCUUUGACAUGGGGAUUUUGCUUUGCUUGACAUCUAUUUUCAAAACCUGUGACUUUAAUUUUGUACUUUCUGCUGCUGUCUGGUCCUGGAGCUGAAGGAACAUCAGCUUGACUUAGAGGAGUGGACGAGUACCUCAGGAUUGCCAGCUUUGGUCAGCUGGCUGGCAUGAGAUUUUCAAUUCGAGACAAGUCUGCACACGCACCUACAUGACGAGGCAGCACUGAUACGGAUGCCUUUUCUUACCUGAAGGCAGGAUGCUUGAGCUGGAUGAUCAUAUGAAAGGAUUGCAGCGUGUAAAUCUGCAGAUACGGAUGAAGAAAAAUGUGUACUUUUUGAACAGGGAAAACUGCGACUGGAUGUACCACAUGAUAACUGGCUGAAGUGUAGCCAAGGAUGUGUCUCGCAUGGAUGCCUCUGUAGAAGCAGAAAGGAUACAGCAGUGACCCCUGUGCACACAGAAACACACGCCUCCAGCAACGACGACUGCAAGGCCUUUGGUAAUACACUUGUUGAAGACUUCACAGACUGGCCUUGGGGGGAGGACUGAAGUGGCACCCUCAGGCCUAACAAACAGCUCACAGUGUGUGAUUAAAGGGUCCCCAGAGGAAGGAGAGAGAGAACUGUUGUUCUGAAGACGGCACUUGUUUUUUUCGACUUCCCUGGACGUUUCCCUGCUCCAAAAUACAUAGUCACUUUUUUUCUCCAUUAAUCUAUCUUUUUUUCUCAUUUAUUUAUUAAAAAACAGGGCGCAAUCUGCCAAAACUGUUUAUAUAUUGAUUUUUAUUCUUCUACCUCUGUGGGGGCUUAUCUGAGUAACGGGAUCACAUAACGCACAGUCCAUUGGAGCCCAAGCUUACUCCUCGUCACCAAGGGGGCCCCACACGUAUUCCUGGUCUGUUGGCAAUGAUGAGCCUGGCUGACCAUCCCCUGCAGAAGGCAGUGUUCUGCUGAUCCAGGUGGGAUUGAGGGAGUGGGUGGUGGCAUGUCGUGGAAGAGAAACUAUUUUGCGUCGGGUGUCAGCAGUCUGCAGGGCAUCUUUACACCACGCACCAUGGCGUCCAUCGCACCCAGCAAGGGUCUGAGCAACGAGCCUGGACAGAACAGCUGCUUCCUGAACAGUGCUCUGCAGGUCCUCUGGCAUCUCGACAUCUUUCGCAGGAGCUUCCGCCAGCUGAAUACCCACAGGUGCAUGGAGGACUCCUGCAUCUUCUGUGCUCUUAAGAGCAUCUUUGCACAGUUUCAGUACAGUAGCGAGAAGGUACUGCCAUCUGAUGCCCUGCGCAGCGCCCUGGCCAAGACCUUCCAGGACGAGCAGCGCUUCCAGCUGGGGAUCAUGGAUGACGCAGCCGAAUGCUUUGAGAACCUUCUGAUGCGGAUUCACUUCCACAUCGCAGAUGAGACCAAGGAAGACAUCUGCACUGCCAAACACUGCAUUCCACACCAGAAGUUCGCCAUGACGCUUUUUGAGCAGUGUGUCUGCAACAGCUGUGGAGCCACCUCAGACCCACUGCCGUUUAUCCAGAUGGUUCAUUAUAUAUCCAGCACUUCUCUCUGUAACCAGGCUGUGCACAUGCUGGAGUCCCGGGAGAAGCCCACGCCAGGCAUGUUCGGGGAGUUGCUCCGCAAUGCCAGCACCAUGGGUGACCUGCGUAACUGUCCGAGUAACUGUGGAGAGACGCCGCAGAUCAGACGGGUGCUCAUGAACUCCCCCGAGAUCAUCACCAUCGGCCUGGUGUGGGACUCUGACCACUCAGACCUGGCAGAGGAUGUGAUCCACAGCCUGGGGACCUGCCUCCGCCUGGGAGAUCUUUUCUUCAGGGUGACAGAAGACAAAGCCAGACAGGCAGAGCUCUACCUGGUGGGCAUGGUCUGCUACUACGGCAAACACUACUCCACCUUUUUCUUCCAGACCAAAAUCCGCAAAUGGAUGUACUUUGAUGACGCACAUGUAAAGGAGAUCGGGCCCAAGUGGAAGGACGUGGUGUCACGUUGCAUCAAGGGGCACUACCAGCCCCUGUUGCUGCUCUACGCCAACCCCCGGGGGGCACCAGUGUCUGCACAAGACAUGCCCUCUCCACUGCAGCUGCACCAUCUCGCCAAGGCCUGCUACGACAGUGAGGACUCUGGCCGUGAGCCGUCCAUCUCCAGUGACACACGCACCGACUCCUCUACCGACAGCUGCGACCAAAAGCACUCCCACUCGCACCACCAGUCCAUGGCCAGUCACUUCUCAUCUGACUCCCAGGGCACCGUGGUGUGUAACCUAGACGACGCCGUCUCCCACAUCAGCGCUGAUACCCUGGGGCAAGAGUUGGACAAUGAAGCACUGCAGAGACAGACGCUGAAAAAAGGUGGGACUUUGGACAGGAAGGGCGGGACCGGGGACAGGAAAAGGAGCUCUAGUCGACCUCGGCGGGGGGAGGACAGGAGCCGGACAGCUAAGGCAGAUGAGGUGUCCUCUGCAGGAUACCACAGUGAGGGGGAGACACUAAAAGAGCAGCAGGCCCCCCGUACAGCACCCAAGCCCACCACUAGCCACCUGAGGGAGUUCAAGGAGUCCAUGAGUAACAUCAUCCACAGCCGGUCCCUGUCAUCUGCCACGGGCUCUGCACCAGAGGGCUCCAAUCUGCGUGCCGAGGACCACAACUGGGAAAUUGAGAGCACGAGCAGUGAGUCCAAAUCCAGCUCAUCUGCUGGCCGGUACCGGCCUGCCUGGAAGCCCCGGCGGGAGGCCCUCAACAUUGAUAGCGUCUUUAGCUGGGAGCGGCGGCAGGCGGGCCACUGCCCCCUGGGAGCCCCACCCAUGCCGGAAAAUGGGGAUGGUGGUGCCGCCAUAGUGCCUGAAGCGAGAGAACAGGUGGCCAGGGAUGUGGCUCCUACCAGCAGCGUGGAGAACCAGCCACGGCUGAUCCAGCGCAUGGAGAGCGGUUAUGAGAGUAGCGAGAAGAACAGCAGCAGUCCAGUGAGCUUCGACAUGCCCCUGAGCAGCGGCACCACUGCCUCCUCACGCAGGGACAGCGCUUCCAAGAUGGGCAGCUCUGGCCCAGCCUGGCGCAACAUUGCCAAGUCCAAGAGCAGCACCACCCUACUCCAAGAUGCAAAGACCGGCACAUGGCACAGCAGCCAACUGGGGGAGGGCCGCAGUGAACUGGACGAGCUGCAGGAGGAGGUCGCCCACCGGGCCAGAGAGCAGGAGCUGCAGCGCAAGCGGGAAAAAGAACAGGAGGCUGCCAUGGGCUUCAACCCCCGUCCCAGCAAGUUCAUGGACCUGGAUGAGCUGCAGAACCAGGGCAAAGGGAAGGGGGGCACCCUGGAGAGGGCUUUGGUGGACACCGAUGUACUCAUAGAGCAGUCACUACGGCUGGAGCAGACCGGUGACCUGGCUGCAGCACUCACUGCCUGCAAUGAAGCUGUGUCCAAGCUAAGACUUGCCAUGCAUGAAGGCAGUGCUCACACUCAUAGCAGGACAGGGGCUGAUAAGAAGCUGCACAGAUACAUGAGGAGAGUGCGGGACCUUCAGCAGCGCAUGCAGGAGCGGCCGGAGCAGACACAGUCCCAGCCCGCCUGCAGUGAACAAGCUGCUGUGUGCCAAGUACUGCUGACAGCUCCAGGGGACCUGAACCAAGACACAGACCAGGAUGCCCUGCCUGCCCCCGCCAACGUUAGGCAGCCCUCCGCUUCUAGAAAUAUGCAGCCUGACUCUCCGGGCCCUCCGUGUCCUUACUCCCCUCAUUCCAGCGAGUGGUUGUCUCCUUCUCCCAGCCUCGAGAUGAGCAGUGAGCUCCCCCAGAGGCAGCCUUCUGUCCCACUUCCUUCAUGUCCAUGGGAUAGCUGGGGAGAGCUGGGUACCAAUGGGGAGGCUGCCCCCCAGAUGCCACCGCCCUCAGAGGCCCCAUGUAGCCUAAGCUCCUCUGAGCCCGUGGCCUGGAGUAGUGCAUCUGUGGCCCCCACAACCAUGCCCACAGAAACUGGCACCCCCGCAGAUUCAGAUCUAUCCCUAGUACAGGAGCAGAGCUUCCCUAGUAAUCCCCACAUCCAGAAAAACUCAGUGCCUGACCUGGCCACUUCCUCUUUCAGUAAGGCCUGGUCUGCCCGCAGUUUGGACCAUGUGGGCAGCUCUCGUGGGCCCCCUUAUGGCCUCCAUGGCCCCUAUAGUACUGUCACAAGCAGCCGGCCUCGAGCUCCCCUGUCUUCCAGGGGUGGGACCAGGCCGGGACCCCCUAUGCCUGUGGAGCGCUGGGCGGAGAAUGUUACACACCACUACAACUCCCAGUUGCCUAAGGGUCGGCAUAGAGGCCCGCCUGGACACGAGCCGUCUGAGCUGGACUCACUGUACCAGGCUAGUCUGCAAGCCCCCACCAUGCCCAGGGUCAUGCAGAAUCACAGCCCUCCAGUGCUGGCAGCAGGCCGGAAGCUGGCACCUGGGGUGGCUGUGCCAAGCCGCUCCAAGACACCUACGGCAGAGAUCGAGAGGAGUGCGUACCGCACUUCUGGCCACGGCAGCCCCCAUGGGCCCAGCCACAAGGUCUCCUCUGCCGUUGGCUGCAACUUGCCGCAUGGGGGUGACGACGAGGCAUAUAGUGCAGAGAACCUGCGGCGAAUCGCCCGCAGUCUCAGCAACAAUUUUCCCAGUGGGCGGCCUGAGCAUCUGACCUCCUCUCACAGCUUUGAGCCCCCAGUUGCCAGGACGCCUAUACCUGCAGACACUCGAGUUAUGCGUCCCGUGGACACCUACCAAUGCACUAGCUCCCCCCACUUCACCUCCCCCCAUCAUCCUGCCACUUUCUACUCUGAGCCCCAGCACCACAAGCACCACAGCCCUGCCACACCUUGCCACCCAUUCCAUCGGCCUGUUGUGGCUGGGCUCCCUCGGGGACAUUCAGGAGAUCAGCAGAAGGUCAACCAAUUUCUCGCUGUGCCAGACUGGGGUGAAGCUCUCCCUGCUGAAAUGUACGACCGCUUUGCCCUGAGCUACAGCACAUUCCAGCAGGCACUUGUGAGGGCAUCCCCAGGGUCCUCGCUCCCUUGGGCCAUGGACAGUGCAGCUGGAGGACUGAGACCUGGUUAUGCCACGCUCAUUCACCCUCGGUCUGUGGCGACCCCUGGCAGACCAGGCCCUGGCAGACCAGGCCCUGGCAGGACUGGGCCGGCCCGUUCAUACAGCACUCUGCAGCACCCGCAUCGCUUCCAUCAGAUUCCGCCCUACUUAUCUGAUUCUACUGGCCAACCCCUUCGCCUUGACAUUCCCCCUGAGGCAUGCUGGACAAUGCGGAGCCAUAGGAAGCCCCAGGCAGCGACCCUGCCCCUGGCCCAACCCCGGCCCCGCCCUGGCCCCAGUCAGCCGUGUAUCUUAUGCCAGCAGAUGCUUGUUCGGCCCCCUCACCGCUAUUGCCCAAUGUGCGCGAUCUACGUAACCCGUUCCCAGCACACUAGCCGGUAGCCCUUCCGGCCCUCUUUGCCUGCAGUGACACUGCUGGACCUCUGACUCUUGCCCCAUGUUCCAUAUUCUGACACUGCUUCUGAUGUCAUCAGAGUGCAACUAUUUGCAGGCCAUGGCCUGGGCUUCAAUGCUGAAGCAGAGACUUUGGAACUGGUGUUUUUGGUUUAUUCAGACAUAGUGGAGUACCAGUGGACAAUGUGUGGAGUGCGACCAGGACAGUGACAGAUCCAUAAUAACUGUCUUGCAUGUGACGGGGGGGGGGGGGGGCGAAACCCCUUCAGCGUGAAUUCUGCUGCUUGGGGCCUCCUACUUUAACCUCCUGAGACUCAAGGAAAAAAGUGUCCUUCAAUUUUAGGUUAUUUGACUUUGGAGGAAAUAAGACAUCUUACAAUUUAGAUUUUUUAAAUUUUAUUUUUAAUUUCACAGCAGUUUCCUAACAUCAGUGAAAAGAUAGAUGCAUAAAUAAAAUGUCCACUACAAUGGACGUAAAUGAAUGGGUGGGGUCUCAGGAGGAUAAUGAAUGAAUCACACAUUUACAGGAAGGGUCACGUCUUGGACUUGGACUGAAUAAACAUGGACAAGUGUCCAGCCAAAUGGGGCACAUCCACCUCUGCUACUACAACCACAGAAGAGUUGGCUUUGCUGACUGAUUUCAGCACCUGACAGCUGAAUGAUAUGACAGCUUUGCCAGUUGAAUUAACAGCAACUUAAACAUGGUUACUAUGGAGCCAAUGACUGGGGGUACAGUAUCUGUGUGGCCCCUCCCACUCAGUAUGUCCCAAACUACAAGUCUUUUAUUAACUUCUAAAAAAUAUAUAUAUAUUUUUUUAGGAUAUGGGUAGGUAGUCUAUACAGUGUAGUCUAACUUAUACACUGUAACAAACAUGCUGUUGGUUUAUUUGAGAUGAUGUUUUUAAUGGGAUGGGGUCUGGUGCACAUGCACGGGGCUGAACUUUGUGGCACUUUGCAGUUGGUGAAGGAAUAAUCAUAAUUAACUAAAGAAGAUAAAUGAAUUUUUCAAAAUGAUCAUGAAUUUUGAGCAGCAGAGUUAUUAUUAACCUAUGCAAACAAUGGAAGUUUCAGGCGUGUGAAGAUGGAUCUCAGUGCUGCUUUUAUUUUUUGGUGGGGUGCUUUAGCUUAUUAUAAUGUUACGUGAGUGUCACACUGAUACUGGGCCGGGAGUGGUGUGUGUGUGUCCCACAAUGUAAUUAAAACCUGUUAUUUUGA